AUGUCUGACAUAGAAGAAAAUAGAGUAGGGAGCAACUCUAACCCCAUUGUUCUGAGCGAUGAUGAACAUGAAAUGGAUUACGAGUCUGACAUUAAUAGUUAUACCAGCUACGAACUUAUUCUGCGUCAAGUUUUAAGAGCAGGAGAACCUGAUAGUGAUGAUGAAGCCCUUUGUGAGUUUGAUCGUGCUAGAGGGCAAACUAGGGUCGAUAUUUAUCAAGCUGUUUUGAGACCUGGUAGUGAUUCUGAGCCUGAGCCUGAGCUUGAGUUUGAGUUUGAGCCUGAACCUAAGCCCGAGCGUGAGCCUGAGCCUGUGCCUGAGCCUAAGCCCGAGCUCGAGCCCGAGCCUGGGCCAGAGGAAGAUAAUCAUCAACCUCAAGUUGUGUUUGAGGAUAUUGUUGGACAAUUCGCCCAACCAUAG